AUGGCCAAAGCUUGGAUAUCGUUUUUUGCAUUCUUCUGUGCUGUCGUAGCCGCAGAGCAACAAACCCUUGCACCCACAAGCGCCCAUGGAAUUCUAAGAAGGUUCAACUCGACAGCGAACGGCUUCCGGGAGACCGUUCUGGAGAUUGCUCAGAACCAUGAUUUGGACGUCUGGCAUGUCGGAAGAACGUACAUAGACGUCUACUCUCCUCCAGAAGCAUUGGACGUCCCUGAAGAUCUCGGCGGCAUACCCCAUACGGCCACCCUCGUCCCCCUAUCGCAUCAACUAUGGCAGGACGGGGCGGAUAGCUCGUCAAAUAUUAAGGCAUGGAACCUAACGUCGCUCACAAACUCCACCUUCCACGAAACAUACCACUCACUCUCCGGGAUUCGCAAGUUCUUGACCCAACUCGUCGAACUAAAUCCAAAUACAACCAGUUUGUCGAGGAUCGGCCUGUCUGCGGAGAACAGAGACAUUCUUGCUCUCAGUAUCGUCAAACCAAGUGGAUACGCGGAGGGCGAGCCUCAAGAAGGUGUCUCCAAGAAGGGAGGGAAGAAGAAAAUGCCUCGCCCGGCGGAAAAGCUUGAUUUUGUCAUUAUUGGAGCCCAGCACGCUCGAGAGUGGAUCGCUACGGCCACUUCCCUUUACCUUGCACAUGCAUUGACGAUCGACCAAACUUUGGACGAACCGCAUGGCCUCUCGUCUUUGCUGGACGCCUUCAACUUCCACAUUAUCCCUGUACCAAACCCGGACGGUUAUCACUACACCUGGAAGAAGGACAGGUACUGGUAUAAGAACCGACAAAUCGUAGCCCCUCAUUCCAAAUGCGUAGGAGUGGAUAUGAAUCGGAAUUGGGGAUAUAAAUGGAAAGCAGAAGAGGUUCCUGGCAAUCCUGCUGAACCUGCGGAUCCCUGUUCGCAUUGGUAUCCGGGAAGUCGAGCCUUCGAAUCUCCCGAAGUGAACAGCAUCGCCAACUUCAUCAGCACUCUUCACAAUCCCGUCGCCUUCGUCGACCUUCGAAGCUAUGGUCAAAUGAUAUCCACUCCAUAUUCUUAUACCUGCAAACGAUUCCCCAAGGAUGGUGAAGACCAGGCCGAGGCGGCAUUUGGUGCUGCACGUGCUAUGAAGGACGUCCACGAUGAGCCUUUCCAGGUGGGUUCUUUCAAAUCCCUGUCGAUCUUCAAUGCAGUUAUUGACAAUGUCGUCAAGGUGGGCAGGUUGUGCGAAAACCUGUAUAAAGCGCCUGGAAACAUCAUCGACUGGAUGUACCAAAGAGCGUACAUCAAGUAUUCCUAUGUGGUGCACCUGCGCGAUACUGGCACUGUUAUAUUUACUGAGCUGUUGGGAAAGUGGGGUUUCUCACUACCCGCCAAAUGGAUCAAACCUGUCGGGGAGGAAACCUCGUCCAUGAUCGAAUAUCUUGCCAAAUUCAUCGUCUCGCACCGCAAAGUUACCUGA